CCUUCCCGUGUGGAAACUAAUUACAGUAAUGCAUCUAUGGAGAAACUUUAUUUUUGUUGAGUUUCAUUUGCUUUAUAGCUGCAGCUGCUGCUCCCUCAUUCUUACCAAUGAUGCAAAAAGUUUAAGCUGAUCUCAAAUCUCAGCAGGUUUGUAAAGUGCUAUUAAUCUCAGUGAUUUACUGAUUUAUGAGCUAAAGGCUUUAGACACAGCCUUUGCUUUGUUGGUAAAUUGUAUGUAACAUUGUACAAAGAGUCAUUGUGCAAGCAAAAGAUAUUCACAUCAGAGUUUGAAAGGAAGGCGCAGUUCUUGGAAACAGGCUUUGUAAAUGAAAAAGGAAGAGGCAAAGAAAGUGAAACCCAAAGAGGAAAGUGAAACGGUUGCAUCACGUUGUACAGUGGUGCUCAUAGUGGCCCUUCCUCUAUAAAACAGGACUGCCUGCUGCAUCAGAGCAUAAGCAGCUCAAACUGAAGACAGACACUGAGGCUGACCCUGAAGCUUCUAGACCCACAAGAUGAAGUUCGCUGUGAUUGGAUUCGUGGCCUGCCUGUUUCUCCUCUGUGCUCAAGCUCAGCCAGGCAACAGGUCCAAUAAAUGCAAGUGUUCCAGCAGCUUCCUGAACAGAGUCCGACUGCAGAGCAUUCUCACAGAGCCUGUCGUUUACCACCCAAGCACCUUCUGCCCCCGCACUGAGAUCAUUGUUAUACUGGCAAACAAGGAAAAGUGUGUGGAUCCAAAGUCACGAAUUGGACAGCUUAUCUUGAAUCUGAAGAACAAGUCCAGAAAAACUGGAGCUGUGCACACAACGACGGUUUCAGCUCACUCUUCCACUUCAGGCUCAACACAGCAGGCGACAUUCAGACUGUAGGACUCAGUUCUGAAAGCUGAAGGUUCCGAGCACCAACUCUGCUUUUCUGUUUCACAAUAACAUCACUCUAAAUGCAGCAAGUAUAGAAAAUACCCAGUGAUCAUGAUGGCCAGUUUCUUUACCUUGUGUAUGCUGUAUUAUUCCUUGUUAAAAAGUCUUUAUAUGCUUUGUAUAUAAAGAUACAACUGUAUAGUUUUUUUAUAUACUCUACAGCUUUUAGAAAUUAGUUUUCUACUAUGGGAAAUAAAAACAACCUCAUACUUUUA